UCCCUGUCGGCGUGAGAACUAGUAAAGGAAAGUGUCCUUGUGGAGGAGACACAACAAUAACAUCAAGAUGUCGCGGCGGCUGGUGUCCAGUUUGGCCCGGCUUUGUGUGCAGAGUCCACGCAGGAAUAUCCACACGUCGUCUGCCCGUCUAGGAGGCUCACAUCCCCGAGGACUUCCUCUUGGAGAGAGGACGUACAAGGUAUCCAUUGGACGACCGGCCCCUAAUGAUGUUAUGUGGAUUUUAGGGAACGUAUUACUCCUGGUCGGAUUUACUCGGAUCUCUUACUUUAUGAUCGCACAUUUUGAUCACUGGACAGGCGGUCAUCACUCACUUCCUGACGCCUCCCAGUGGACGGACGAGGAGCUAGGUAUACCCCCUGAUGAGGAGGGUCUGCUAAAACCAGAGGAAUCCAGCUAGCUGUCACUGAUGCUUACCUCUCCUUGUUAUUGUACAUAAAAACUUUAAAAACUUCUAUUGAUAUGAAAGAAAUGGGAAAAUCUUCACAAAAUGUGCUUGGUUUUCUUGAAGUGAUGUUAUUAUUAAGUACAUAAUGCACAUUACAUGUACUGUGUGGGUGAGAAAUUCAUCCAAAUAAAAAAAAUAUU